GAAUCAAGGGUUCAUUGGUCCGAAGGUUCUAUAGCGAACAUUCGGACUAUUGCUACGGCCCCCUUGUCACCAUGAGAAAUAUACAGCAACUAAAGAUACAACUGUAGCUUCUAUGUCUAAACUUUCUUCAGCCGAAGAAGAAACUGAACGUGCAAGGUUAGACAUGCCAGUGUCAGGCAGCAGCAGCAGCAGUGGCAGCUCACAAAGUAGUGGGAGGACAGACUUUGAAGCUUUUUGGGUCUCUACACCUGUAAAGAAUCAGGACCUGGGGAAUUUGAAUAAUUUUUUUGUUCGUGGUGGGUUUGAACCAGCCAUAGGUCAACUUAAGUCUAGCUAUGACACUGCUGCCCCAAGAACGAGAAGGUAUUACAAACAGAAAGCAAGAGAAGGCAUCAACUUGGUUCUGAACUGUUUGUCACCUGGUCAGGAAGAAGCUGUCUGGAGAUAUAUUCAGAAAGCAGAUGAGGAAACCAGUACCAUCGACACACUGAUAGCCUGUUAUGAAAGUGCAGAUUCAAGAAAACUAAAUGCAUAAAUCUGCCACUGUAUAUGUAUUUGUGCAAGACGUUUUUAGUCUAAUGAAAGGCUCUACAGUGCAUUUUUUAUUGGUGCUUUAUUUUUUUUUUAAUUUUCAAAAUUACAAUAAAAUAUAUAUUAUUAUCUUUAA